CCGACAUAAACUCCUCAUGUAGUUGCAUGCUCGAUGAAUACUUUGUAUAUUCCAAUACUUUGGUGGUAACUUGCCACACAAGUCCCCCUGUCAUCAGGACCACUACAAUGAACCAAACAACUCUGGGAAUAAAAGGUUCCAACCUCGAGUAAUUAGUGCUGACCUAAUCUGGAAGUCAUGAGUUCUUUAAGCGACUUAAUCUAUGAGUUUGCGCAACGCACCACCUGCCAUGGACUCUCACAAAUUCUACAAACCAAGAGGAAAACAAUCUACAGAUGCUUAUGGUUUAUGAUGGUAUCUGGUUUAUGUGGUGGAGCAACAUGGCAACUUACACAAGCAGUGCAGGAAUAUUUAAGCUACAAAACCUCGACUGAUAUCCAAGAGAUGUACACGUCAGAGUUGCCUUUUCCUGCUGUUACUAUCUGUAAUAUUAACAGAUUCUUUGGCAUUGAUGAUAAGUUAGAGUUGGAAACGGUUGAUGCGUUGAUAAGGGCAUCUUCUCCUUAUAAACAAAGUAAGUUUGACAACUGGUGGAGACGUGAAGUGGAACUUUAUUAUGAGAAACUUAACGAGAGAGGGAUUGAUAAAUUCUAUUUAAGUGAUGAGAUACUAUUAAAGGGUUGGACUUUAAAUGAAACAACAUUGUCACAUUGUACGUUCAGGCAAAAACCGUGUUCUAUACAGAAUUUCACCCAAGUAGUGACCCCCAUGGGCCUCUGUUACACUUUCACUUCCAAUGAAUCAAUGUACCAGAAUGUACCAGGGAGCGGCCAUGGACUUGUUGUGCAUUUAAAUAUUGACCAGAAACGCUACAGCGAGCACCCUAAAUAUGGCAACCCUAACGCUGGGGUGAAAGUUCACGUCCACAACCACAACGAUCCAUCAGAGGUACAGAACUAUGGGAUUGGGGUUCCGAGCGGGUUUGGUGCGCAUAUCGUGAUCAGGAAAACAGAGAGAAUCCUAAUGUAUAAACCAUGGGGUGUAUGCAGUGAGAAAACUAAGACACUUCUCCAUCAUGAUCAUUACAGCACAGCCGGUUGUUUAAGGGAAUGCAGGGCGGAAUACGUUUACUCCAAGUGUGGUUGUAAACCUUACUGGGCGUUAAACAUGGCAAACGUGCCUGAAUGUGACGCACUUAAUAUCUUGAAUUGUUCGGGAAGCGCUGAUGCUUUUACUCUUACAGCGGUUUUCUCGACCAAGUUUUCCCUGCGAACAUGCGAGUGUGUUGAACCGUGCAACUUUGUUGUGUACGACAGCAGCACAAGCUACUCUACCUUCCCAAGCAUUGAGGUCGGGGAAUUCUUUGCUCUGCACGCUGGGGAGGAUGAACGAAAAGCUGUGGAGAUAAUAGAUGUGGAUGAGAUCGACCCUGAUCGGAAAAACUUGCGCAAGUACCGGGAAAACCACUUAAUGCUGGAUAUAUUCUAUGAUUCAUUAAGCUAUGUUCGCAUGAAACAAUCUAAAGCCGUGACAGAGAUUAGUUUGAUGAGUGACAUGGGAGGUCUACUUGGUCUAUGGCUUGGUAUCAGCUUGGUAACCGUGAGCGAGUUUGUUCAACUUUUCUUCCAAGUAAUGCACCGAUGGUGGAGGUUGAGAACAACUAUUGUACCCGUGGUUCUUAAAUGGAAGAAUCUUGCUCAAGAGAACAAAUUACAAAGUGUGUUAACAAGUCAACUAUCCAAGGUAUUGGUCAUGCAGAAGCAAGUUAUUGAAAGGGAAAAAUGUAACAAAGAAAUUCCUAAACCUCACCGAGAAGAGAAAUCAGAAAAGGAUUGCAUAUAAGUGAAAUGUGAAGUGUUUAUAUUGCAGAUGAUGAUGUUGCUACCAGGAAUAAUGUAUUACUUCAAGUUGCUAUUCUGGUUGAAAAUCUACAAAACUUUUUACAACGUCACAAACUUCGUCUAUUCUAAUGCAAUUGUUUGUCGUACUUAUUUAUAUUGAUUAUUUUAAAUGUUCAGUUAUUAUUGCGUUACAAAUAGAACAGUAGUAAUGCAUAAAACUCUUACCCAGUCA